AUACCUUCAUUCAUCUCCACAAAAAUCAACCAUGAAGAAGAUCAACAUAAUUUUCAGAAAAUGCAAGUCUUUAUCUAAACAACUUUCUUCUAAAAGCAUCGGGUCCAAAUCCGCUAGACACCAUCCGGACAACACUAGUAGUAGUGGAAUCAUAUGGAACACAAAUGCUAUAUCCUCCGUUUAUAGCCGUAACGAUGACGUUAACAGUGACGGUGACGGUGACAGCGAGCAGCAGGAGCUGGUGUUCGUGGGAAGUACGAGGAAACGGUACGUCAUAAGUUCAAAGUACAUGAGUCAUCCAUUGAUUAAUGCAUUGAUAGAGAAAUCUAAAAGGGUCGGUGAUAACGAUAAUGAUAACGAUAAUGGUAAUGGUAAUGAUAAUGAAGAUGUGUCGGUUAUCAAUUGUGAAGUUGUGUUGUUUGAUCAUUUGUUGUGGAUGCUUGAGAAUAAGGAGUUUAAUGCGGGUUCGGAUUGUUUGGAUGAGCUUGCGGAUUUGUAUUCGGUUUGAUUUGAUUUGAUUUGAAUGGGAAGGAGGUGUUGGGGGGAUUUAGGGUUCUGAAUGAAUUAGUGCAUCAUCCAUCUUCUAAGUUUAAGAGGUGUGAUGUAAUGAGUUUGGUUCAUUAGGUUGAGUCCUGAGUUUGAUAUGUCUUGUUGUUGUUGUAUAAUUUGUAUAUGGGGUUUAGUUAUAUUGUUUCGUUCUUCAUGAUUUUACUAAAUAAGAUUUAUUGGUUCUUAUGGUUUUACUUUA